UUCGGUAAUCACAUGCUUGUAUAUAAACGAUGUCCGAUUGGCCUAAUAGAGCAAGGGAAUAAUUUCUCCAAAAUAUUUUGUUCCAAUUUGGUAUUAGCAGCUCAUUUUUUUCCCUUAGUCCAGCAAUGUCUUCCUCUUCCCCAAAAUUUCACCCGGCCCUAGCCAUCUCUAAUAUCAAAAACUUCAUUCCCAUCACUCUCAACCUUGACAUCGUGGAAUAUACCUCAUGGGCAGAACUCUUCAAAAUUACGGCUCGAGCCUAUCAAGUCAUUGACCAUAUCCUCCCUAACGCCGCUACCCCCCUCUACCGAACCUCCUGCCUCCCCGACCACGUUGGAGCAGCGGCUGGAAUUUCAAGCCGCCGCAAUCGAAGCUAAGGCACUAUGGGAUCGUUUGGAUGCUGUCAUCCUCCAAUGGAUAUACGACACCAUCUCUCAUGAUCUCCUCCACACGAUCAUUGAGCCCGACUCCACGGCACAUGCAGCUUGGCAACACCUUGAAGACAUCUUCCAAGACAACCGGCAUUCCAGGGCGGCAUACUUGGAAAAUCAGUUUUCCAACACCCGCCUAGACCAAUUUCCCAACAUUUCCUCUUACUGCAAGGCCCUCAAAAUCCUGGCUGAUCAAUUAGCCAAUGUGGGUGCUCCGGUUACUAACAACCGGCUUGUUCUUCGUCUCGUGAACGACUUGCCGGAACACUAUGACACCGUGGCUUCCCUCAUCCAACAAGCCGACCCUAUCCCACUCUUCACCAAGGCUCGGUCCAUGUUAAUCCUUGAAGAAUCCCGUAAAAACCAACAGGCCGGCAACCCCUCCGCGACCAUGAUUCACACCAACAACACCCCCCCUCCACGGCCUCCUCCAGCGCACCCUCGACCUGCCAACCGCCAAUCCCGUCCAAAGGGUCGCGGUGGCCGACACAACCCCAACCCUCGCCCACAUUACCCCUCUGCCCCGACAAACCCACCAACCGGCCCAUGGCCAUACCUACCUAACCCAUGGGCAUACUGGCCCCCCACCCCACGGGCCUCACCCCACUGCCCUUACCCCACCACGCACCCCCAUCAGCCACCUCCUCCUCACUCUUCCCCCGAUAUUCUUGGACCGUGCCCACAAGCUCACUACUUCAGUACUACACCACCUCCCACCGACAUUCAAGCGGCCAUGCACACCAUGACACUAUCUCUGCUGGACACCAAUUGGUACAUGGACACCGAGGCAACUUCACACAUGACCUCCUCCUCAGGAUCUCCACACAUGGACAAAAAUUCUGCGGUGCAAUAGUUCUGGCCACCUCUACCCGGUGCAACCUAGUCUCAGCCCACGCACACUCCAUGCAUCCGCCUUCAUUACACUUCCCGCUGAACUUUGGCAUAGUCGGCUAGGCCAUCCGGGGGAUCCCGUUUUUAAUAUUCUUCGCUCCAAUAAUGUUAUUUCGUGUAAUAAAAUUCUUGCUUCCACUUGCACUUCGUGUCAAAUGGAAAAGCAUGUUAAAUUACCAUUUUCUAGUUCUUUGUCCUGUACUUCUAAGGCAUUUGAAAUAAUACAUAGUGAUUUAUGGACUUCUCCCGUGUUAAGUAAUACCGGACAUCGAUACUAUGUUUUAUUUUUAGAUGACUACACGAAAUUCUUAUGGGUGUACCCCCUUCACCAUAAAUCCCAAACUUUCUCAACUUUUGUCACAUUUUAUAAUUUUGUUCGCAC